UCAGAAUUCAGAUUUCAGUGAACGAGACUCGAGAGAGGAGAAUUGAGAAUAUCGAAAAUCUCAAUAGGAUUAUUGUUAUAAUUGUUUGGACAAAAGAUUGUAUAUUAAGAUUUUACUGUCGACAAGUUUAAUUGAAUUAAAAGUGUAAUUUAAUGUGCGCUUUAGUAGCACUGUUAUAAAAAAAGAUGGCUCUAUACUAUCGACGGCUGUUAAUAAGUGCCUUAUUGGUGCUUACUAUAGUGUCCGUAAAUGCUGACGGUGAAGAUUCUGAUGAUGAAGUAACCGUAGAGACAAUAGAAGAUAAUUACCAGAGUCCAAAGAUAGACUCCAAAAGUAUAUACUUGGCUGAACAUUUUGAUGAUGUGACUGCAUUUAAGAAGAAAUGGAUCAAGUCAGAGGCCAAGAAGCAGGGUGUGGAUGAAAACAUUGCCAAGUAUGAUGGCAAGUGGGAGGUACAAACACCCUCAAGACGUAUAUUGAAAAAUGAUCUUGGCUUAGUUCUUACGACGGAAGCAAAGCAUGCAGCCAUAUCUGCGUUACUUGAUAGACCAUUUGAGUUCAAAGAAAAACCAUUGAUUGUUCAAUAUGAAGUUACGAUGCAGGAGGGGCAAAACUGUGGUGGGGCGUACAUCAAACUGCUUUCUCGGGGUAUGAACACCAAGGCCGACCUCCGACAGUUCCACGACCAGACGCCCUACACCAUCAUGUUUGGACCUGACAAGUGUGGCAACGACAAUAAACUGCACUUCAUCUUUAGACACGUGAACCCGAAGAACGGGACCAUCGAGGAGAAGCACAGCAAAAAGCCCACUCAACGUCUAGACGAUAUCUACAAGGACAAGGAACCACAUCUAUACACCUUGAUCGUCCGGCCCGACAACACAUUCACGAUUCUGGUCGACAACAAAGAGGCCAACGCGGGCUCGCUGUUGGAGGACUUCACGCCGCCCGUCAACCCGCCCGAGGAGAUCGAUGACCCCGAUGACAAGAAACCUGAGGACUGGGAUGAGAGGGAGAAGAUCGUGGACCCGACGGCAACGAAGCCCGCCGACUGGGACGAGGACGCGCCGGCGCAGAUCGUUGACCCCAACGCCGUGAAGCCCGACAGCUGGCUCGAGGACGAGCCGGAGACCAUUCCCGACCCCGACGCCAAGAAGCCGUCGGACUGGGACGAGGAGAUGGACGGCGAGUGGGAGGCGCCGCUCGUGGACAACCCGGCCUGCGCCGCCGCCGCCGGCUGCGGGCCUUGGAGCGCGCCCACCGUGCCCAACCCGAACUACAAGGGCCCGUGGCGCGCGCCGCUGGUGGCCAACCCCAACUACCGCGGGCGCUGGGCGCCGCGCCGCGUGCGCAACCCGCACUACUUCCGCGACGACGCGCCCUUCCGCAUGACGCCCGUCCAUGCUGUGGGCUUCGAGCUGUGGUCCAUGUCUCCGAUGCUGUUGUUCGACAAUAUCAUAAUCACCGACGACGAGCGAGUGGCCGAGGAAUGGGCCAAGCAGAGUUAUGCUAUCAAACGGGCCAAGCUCACUAGUGACUCUCGCACGUGGUGGGGGCGGGUGCUGCGCGCCACGUCGUACCGGCCCGGCCUGUGGGCGCUGUACGCGCUGUACUGCGCGCUGCCCGUCUCGCUCUACGUGCUGUACCUGCGACGACGCUCGCAGGUCACGUCUCGUCUCUGACAAACGUACUUGGCCACGAGAGGGUUUGCGUUAUUUGUGCCAGGUGCCAGAUGCCAGACUUGGAGUUUGUUUUGUUCAAACGUAACGUGGCUAGUACUUUUCGACUUUCGAAUUCGAAUCGAUUCUCGUUUAGACGACAGCGUGGCUCGACAUACGACUAUUUGUAUGCUAGUUAUGUAGUAGUAGUAGUACAAGUGUAGUUGACGUACCACUUAGACGGAACUUCAAGUUUACCCUGUACGCGAUGUUGCUUUAAUUAAUCGGUUUAUUUUGCUAACAACAAAUCUUCAACACAUGAACGCCUUUUUAUAUUCGCUUAUUUACAAAACAACGGAAGAGCGGCACAAUUACUAUGUGCGAAUCAAGUGUGUGGAUUUGCCUCAAUUGAUGUUUAACUAAAAUCCGCCAAAUAAACGAGUCAAAUUAAGAGCGUCUUUUAAGUUCGUAUACAAUACGUCAAGGACCAUUAUGCUUAACUUUCCUCAGCUAUUCACACUAAUAGAGGAUCAAAAGUUCGUAUAAUGGAAGAGUUAUAUUCUUGAAUGUAUGUGUUCGUAUAUUGAAUGUAUCUUUAUACAUUCAAUACCAUCUCAUUAUGUUAGUUACGUAAUAGAUAGUGCAUCUGUGUAUGCCAGCGAUUUCGUGUUCUUUAACAGUCAACCUUUAACGGGUGACUAGUCAAUGAGAUUGGCUGGAUUAGCUGCAAUUUGGUCAAAAAGAAUUCAUAAUUUAAUGUUCAAAAUAUUUAAAAUCCGUUGAGAGGCUAUGUCUGUAGAGAAUACACUGCGAGUGUGGUGCGAGU